UGUGAUAAAUCUUCUCAACGAGUGUGUGUAUUACUAUCUUUAAAACGUUCUUUAGUGAUUGUCAUAAUCUUUGUACCCGUUCUAAUUUUGUAUCCAUUCUGGCCGCACAUUCUCGACAUCUUAUUAUCUACAAACGAGUCUCUAUCACGUCCUCCGCUGAGCGGAAUGUUUGUUACCGAGUAUUUCGUCGAUCAGAAAAAAUACUUCUAUUUGAUUUUGUUGCACGGAAACGCUGCUCUAUUCGUAGGACUAGUCACAGUAUUAGCGACAGGAACCUUAUUGAUAGCCUAUCAACAGUAUGCCUGCGGAAUGUUUCGAAUUGCCAGAAUCGCUUGCAGUUAUCGUCUCAAGCAAGCAUUUGCAGUCGAUACUUUCCGAAAGGGCAAUCUACAAAACAAGAAUUUGAUUUAUAAGGCAUUGAUUCAUGCUGUGGAUAUGCAUCGCGAAGCUAUGAGAUUUUCAGACUCAUCGAUAUCAAAAUUUAAAGUGAUGUUCUCCUUUAUGAUAGUAGUCGGAGUGAUCAGCGCGAGUCUCAAUUUCUUUCGA